UUAGUUUUGGUUUGUUUCGGUUAGCCUUUUUUAGCUCAAUUUAGAGCUUGAAACUGAGCAAUCGCCGGAGAAACUCUCACUCACAGUUAUGGCUACGGCAAUGGAAGAGCCAAGGAAGCUGAGAGGCCACAAAUCAACUGCCACUUGUUGUAUAGCUUCUCGUGACCGGCCUGGAAUUGUUCUCACUUCCGGCGAGGAUGGUUGCAUUUGCUGGUUUGAUUUGCGAUGUAAAGAUGUUCAAUUCAUCAUCGAUGUUGGAACAGAACCAGUUUCAUCUCUUUGUUUCAAGACAGGUAAUGAGAACAUUCUCUAUGCUUCUUGUGGAAACGAAAUCAAGUCUUUCGAUGUUCAUACGCUAAGUGCUACUUCUUGGAAGCCAUUAGAGAGUUACAAUUACAACAAAGAUGAAGUUAACCAGGUAGUAUGUAACGGAAGGUCGUCUUUUCUUGCUUCUGCAGAUGAUUCCGGCGAUGUUAAGAUCAUCGACCUUGGUCAGAAAUGCCUUUAUAAAACCCUUAGAGCUGGUCACACAAGUAUAUGUAGUUCUGUACAAUUCAUUCCAUGGAGACCUUGGGAAGUUAUAACUGGUGGACUUGAUUCAAAGCUUGUUUUAUGGGAUUUCUCAAAAGGUCGCUCGCAAAAGAUUAUAGACUUUGGAUCUGAUACAAAUAAUAACUCGGGACAAUGCCUAAACCCUGCGUUUGUUCACUCAAUAGCAAUACCGGAAAUGGACAUGGUUGAUAAGUUAGACAAGAUAUGUGCGGUUGCUAGAGGUGAUGGAAUUGUCAAUUUGAUCAAUAUCGAAUCAGAACUUUCCCGAAAAGGAACAUCAUCAAAAGGAAGUAGCAGCAGCAGCAGCAACAAUGUGGUCAAAAGGGUUUGUUUAGACUACUCUGUUGGUGGACACAAUUCUGCUGUUUCUUGUGUAGCCUUUUCUCUGUUUCAGGAGAAAGGUAGAUUCUUAAUCUCUGGUGGUAAUGAUAAAACAGUCAAAAUCUGGGAUUGCUUUAAAUGUCUUGAUCCAAACAACAACAACAAUAACAGUGAUCUCCUCCAUUUGAAUAUUAACCUAAGCAAGAAGGUGAAUUGGCUUUGCACGAAUCAAUCUGAUUCUGAGAAUCUUGUAGUGUGUGACACAACAAGAGUAGUUAAGGUUUACUCAAUCUCUUAAAUAGGCCUGAUGGGUCCAUAAAAAUAGUCUAAAAGCUUCAUCCUUUUUGACAUUGUUAUUAGUCUAAGAGAUUCAUUUUUAUUUUUGACAUUAGAAUGGUUGCUUGAUCUACAAGUUAGUUUAUUUUUUUGUUUGAUAACCAAAUUAUAAAGAAUGAUUACAUUUAAUUAUUGAAUUGUUAAAUUCUUUUACUAUCA